AUGCUUGUCCAGAUGCUCGAUGGCUUGUUGCGUCGUUGUUGCUCCCCUUGGUCCACGUGGAAGAAAUUCCACGACACAUGGUAUUUCCAUGUAUGGUUUAUUUGGCUCUUUGGGUUAGGCACCGUGACUUUGUACAGCCGGCUUCAGGCGAACGCAUUUUUGGGGGUGUUUGUCUACGGCUACUUUCAUCAGGGCAGGUCGGCCGUGGUGGAUUCAGUCUGGCAGGAGACGUUGCGCCAAUCGCGCUUCAUAUGCGAAUACUUCCCGCUUUCGGCCAUACUCCUCGUCAUGUUCAUCGCACAGAUCCUCCACUACGCUUUCGGCGUGAAAAGCUACUGGCCCCGCCGCGGGUGGAAGACGACAGACCACAAGCGGUGGCAAGUGGAUUCGGCAUGUGAUCGCCCGAAGUGGAUGGCUUGGGGGAGGAGUUUUGAGUUGGAGGUCAAGGGGAUGGAUGACCUUGAGAGAACCAUCACAGACCUACUCGAGUGGGAUGACUGGAGAGGUAGUUUCAAGGGCAGACUAGUUGUGGCGCAUCGCCCGGCCGGUAAGACCUGCCUCUCAGGCCCUGCAGGCGGACCUUUGUACAGUGAAGGGUGCCACUACGAGCCAUCCGAGGACGACUUCCGACUCAUCAUAAAGUGGACACGUAACAGGUUCGCAUACACCAAUUUGACCGGUGCAGAAGCAGCCUCGUCCACAGUAUUGGACGAGAUCGCAGAGUGCUGCAGCAUGUCCAUCAGGUUGAAAAUGCACAAGUUGGAGCUGAAGGGAUUGGGGGAAGGCGAACGACUUACUUGUCAAGUACGAAGAUUGGGUGAAGGCGCAUGA